UCAGAGUUGGGUCACUUCGCAACCGGAACGGUACGAGAAAACCGAACAUCUGGCUCCCCAUUGACGUCAGUGAAAGAAAUGAAGAAAAAAGCUACGGCUCGUGGUUCAUACGAAUAUUGUUUUGAGCGUAAUAAGGAGAUUUACGUUGUCCGAUGGAAAGAUAGUUCGGUUGCUACAGUGAUGUCAAACCAUAACUCCCAUGAACCAUUAACUAAGGCCAAACGCUUCAACCACGAAACAAAAAAAUUCAUUUGGUUGCCGUAACCACAAGUGGUUUCCCAAUACAA